AUGUCCGAGUUUCUGGAUGUUUACUGGCAAGCGCCACCUGUCGCAAGAACAUUUGCGACGGCCGCCUUUGUCACGUCUCUGUCCGUCCUCCUCGGCAUUGUGAAGGCGUACUGGUUUAUCUUCCUGCCGGACUUUCUUUUCCAGUUCCCGCCUCAGAUCUGGCGUUUCGGGACCAAUUUCUUGCUUACUGGCCCCCAACUCGGCCUGCUCUUUGACACGUACUUCCUGUACACGUACCUCACUGCCCUCGAGAUCGGCAACCCAAGGUUCGCCAGGCGCGAGGAUGUCAUUUGGUAUCUCAUGUUCGUGUGCACUGUCAUCACGGCGCUCUGCACCUACCUUAUGGGCGGAGGAGCCUUCCUGCCGGCUUUGAUUCUCGCUAUGUGUCGCACAGUCACCCAGGACCAACGUGGCAUGAAGGCCAACUUCUACUUCGUCACUAUUCCCGCCCAGCUGACCCCGUUCUGCAUGAUGCUUGUGUCGCUGCUGUUCCCCGGCGGGUACUAUACCUUCAUGAUCCAGCUCAUGGGCUUCAUUGCCGCCCACCUGUACGACUUCUUGUCCCGGGUGUGGCCCGAGUUCAGCGGCGGUCGCAAUCUGAUCCCUACGCCCGCCUUUCUGUCGCGUCUUGUACAGACACCUCGCUUCAACCAGCGUGGCUACGGCACUGCCGUCCGCGGCGGCGGAGGCGCGCCGGCGCAAACCUCUGGCAGCAGCACGGGCGUGUCUCAGGGUGGGGGUGGAGUUCUGCCGGAUUCGUGGAGGACCCGAGGACCCGGAAGACGUCUGGGUUGA